ACAUUUUCUGUCAACAUGUCCUACAACUGCUGCUCUGGAAAUUUCUCCUCUUGCUCCCUUGGGGGCUAUCUGCGCUACCCACGCUCCUCCUGUGGCUCUUCCUACCCCAGCAACCUGGUCUACAGCACUGCUCUCUACUCUCCUAGCACCUGCCAGCUGGGUUCCUCUCUCUAUGGUGGCUGUCGGAAGACCUACUGGGAGCCCACCAGAUACCAGACGUCCUGUGUGGUGUCCAGCCCCUGCCAGACAUCCUGCUACCGCCCAAGGACCUACACACUCUGGAGACCUUGCCAGUCAGCUUAUACUGGGUCUCUCGGCUGUCUAGGCUAUGGCUCUAGAAGUUCCUGUUCACUGGGCUAUGGAUCCAGUGGCUUCAGAUCACUGCGUUAUGGAGUCUGUGGCUUCCCUACCUUGAGCUCUGGAUCCAGAUUCUGCCGUCCAAUCUAUUUUGGUUUUCAGAAUCUCCAGCCAUUUUGCUACCGGCCAAUCUGUGGAUCAGGCUUCUAG